UUGCGGGCGGCCCUUGCGCGGUCCGUAGCGCGGUGCGCACGUGGUUGUGUGGCGCUGCCGCGGUGUUGUUUGGUGGUGGUGGUUCGUGGUAAUUUUUUUGAGUUGCAUUCUUGGACAGUUAAAUUGCCGAGCUUCGCAUCCGCGGUCCCCAAUGGCGGUGUCCGCGCCGCAGAAACGCUUCUACAGGCAGCGCGCUCACUCCAACCCGAUGGCCGAUCACACAUUUGAGUACCCCGUGAACCCCGAGGCUAUGGACUGGUCAGUUCAUUACCCAGAAUUCUUCACAUUGCCAAAGGUAGCAGCCAAGGAAGAGCACGGAGGCAUGCCAGCUGCCGUAGCAGAGGCAGAGAAUCGGCCACAGCCCCAGGUGGAAUUUGCAGACAUUGGAUGUGGCUACGGUGGACUUCUGGUGGAGUUGUCUCAGCUCUUCCCGCGCACGCUCAUCCUGGGUAUGGAGAUCCGUGUGAAGGUGUCGGACUACGUGCGUGACCGCAUCACCGCCCUACGCACCGCCCAGCCCGGCUGCUACAGCAACAUCGCCUGCAUCCGCACCAACGCGAUGAAGUACCUGCCAAACUUCUUCCGCAAGGGACAGCUGAGCAAGAUGUUCUUCCUAUUCCCGGACCCCCACUUCAAGAAGACCAAGCACAAGUGGCGAAUCAUCAGCCCGACGCUGCUCGCUGAAUACGCAUACAUCUUGCGACCUGGGGGUCUGGUCUACACCAUCACAGAUGUGCACGAGGUCCACCGGUGGAUGCUCAAGCAUUUUGAGGAACACCCGCUCUUCCAUCACGUUCCCCUCGAUGAGUUGGAGGACGACGUCAUCGUGAGCCAGCUGGGAGAGUGCACCGAGGAAGGGAAGAAGGUGACACGCAACGGAGGAGAAAAAUUCACGGCCGUCUUCCGGCGCAUCGCAGAGACUCGGCCUUCGGGCUCCUGACCUUGCCGGGCUCAUCUUGACCUUGCCAGGCGACCCUUGUCCUUGCCCAGUGGUGCCGUUUAACCCGAUGAACUUAUUACACAAUCCACAGUCGUUGCCUUGCUGAUAAGAGACCGGCAGUGUUGAUACUGAUUGACAUUAAAUAUUUAGUUUGUUGCCCACGUUAAUUCUGAAUGAAACGUUCCACACACAAUAAGUGCACAGUACAAUGUGGGUAAAACAGCUACAGGGCAACUUUAACUUGUGCAAAUCUGCACGGGCAUGACUUUUGAACUUGGCUUUUGAACAUGGCUGCUGAUUUCAUACACGAGUUAGCUGUCAUUAGUUAUUGAAUCUAGAACACCUCACACCAGUAAUGCAAUUCUAGUUUUAAGACGGAUACCUGCUGCACAGCAAGUAUUUGAAGGUUUCUUUUGUACCUAUACUUAAUAUUUCGUACAAUUGUAAACAUCUCCGUGUAUCAUGGUUUACAUGGUUGUGUUAUAUUGCCUUGGUCGAGGGGCCAGGUUGCCAAAUGUUUUAAUUAAUUGGAUCGAAGUUCUGUUUGGAUCAUGUCUCUCUUGGCCUUAUUCAUAUAUAUUUCGUGUACAUUUACAAAACGUGUCUUAAUUUAAUAAGGAGUAAAAGUUUUUUUUUGUAUUC